AUGAAGUACGGUCAUGAAUAUGCGCAGUUGCUGGCUAGCGAAGGAUUUCCUGAGGAAUGGGUUUCUUCUGCCAUUUCUUACCGACUGCUGAAGAAGUCAAUCAAAAAAGUUCAGCAAGAAUUGAGCACGCUUGGCUUGGACGCUUCCACGCUUCAACAUCUACACAGCGAUUUCGUCGUGGAAGCUCCAGGAGAUACCUCUGGAACAAACUUUGUGCCUGAGCUAUGGAUUGCUGUUGACGGCGCUAGUGGAGAGUUUUUAGACGCGCAUCUAACCAAAGAGACAAAACAAUACUUCCUCUGGCUGGCUCAGAACAAUACCUCACAAGAUGGCCAGAGUAGACGUGCUAGUCAGGUUUCACAUGGCACUGAUGGAUCUUCACUAUCUGAGCACGAGCAAACCAACGCCGAAAUGCGCGCAUCUUCCGCCGAAACUGGUGCAAAAUGGGCUCACGUACAUCUACAGACAGCAGCAAACUUCUUCAACCUUCUGGAUCCAAAAUUAGCACAGUUAGAUGUAAUUCAGCAAGCAGAGGGAAAGCGUCUGGAAUCACAGAUUGUGGAGCUCAGCACUGAAGUCACAGCGCUCACCGAGCCUGCUCAUCAAAAGAAGGGCAAGUUCAAGGCUAGAUCAGACGUUACGGUCUGGCGCCAGAUACUUGCUUUGUAUGUGCAGCAUGCCAUCUUCUUCUCGCCAUACGAAAGAACUCGCGGCUCGCGUAGCUUUGACAAAGCAAAGUCACAGCUCGAGCUCUUCUCCAAAGAUCUGGUAGAUCAAGGGCUUGUCAAGAGGUUCAAGGAGAAGACAAGCAGACAGGCCUUUGAUCAUUUCGUGGCUAUCAAUCUCGACAUCCUCAAGGCAAUGCGCUUCCAAGAACUCAAUAUGGAAGCAGUAAGAAAAAUCCUCAAGAAAUUCGACAAGCGAACUGCUCUGGGAGCAACAAAAGCAUAUCAGAGUCAUGCGAUCAGUGGUCCUUUUGCCAAGUCUGUCGCAACAGACAUGUGUGCAGCAAUGUCCCAGCAAGUCAUCACCAUCGUACCUCAGCCAGAUGACUACAGUUGCCCUGUCUGCUGCGACAUCGCCUGGAGACCAAUCCGCCUCGAAUGCUGCAACACAGUAUUCUGCAUUCGCUGCAUGAUUGAGUUGCAAAAAUCGGCUUCCAAAUGCCCGAUGUGCAGAUCGACUGCAGUCAUCACUGCAGAUUCUGGCUCUAUCGAUCAGCAAAGAGCGGAAUACCUAGUCAAGUACUUCCCGCAUGAAGUCAAGGAGAAGCAGAAGGCGAACGAGCUUGCUGUUGCGAUUGACAAGUAUGGUCCAGAAUACCAGAAAGGACCUUGCAGUAUUAUGUGA